CUUACUCUUAGACAACAGCACAUAGAAAUGUCAGAAGAUAUAAUACUCCCCUCAGCCACAUCCUUAUCCAAACUAACCAUACACGACACAUCCAAAACCGGUUUUGGAUACAAUCCCGCCAUUGGACCAAUCUCCAAUUCAAUCACUUCAGAAACAUCUUCCAUCCUCAUAAACAAACGAACAAUCACGCUAAGUUCGGCGCCAUCGAUCUAUGAACGAAACAUCACCAAUAAGAAACCCGUGGAGAUAAACUUAUCCUCGUUGUCGUUUCUCUUUUGUGAGAUUGUCAAUUGGACCCAUGGUCAAUCGCGUGGGAUCCACGAUUUGGAAAUGAAGUUGAACAAAUUGGGAUAUUCUAUUGGACAACGAUACUUGGAGCUAAUCAAAUUGAGAGACGGGAUAAAGCUAAACAAGCGAGAUUUGAAGAUUAUCGAUAUCUUGCAUUUCAUUCACGGGAGUUUUUGGAAGAGCAUAUUUGGCAAGCAUGCUAAUGAGUUGGAGAAGAGUCAGGAUGUCCCUAAUGAAUAUAUGAUUAUUGAGAAUAUGCCGUUGCUUGCCAAGUUUAUUAAUAUACCCAAAGACUACGCCGAUUUGAACUGUGGUGCUUUCGUGGCAGGUAUAAUUGAAGGUGCGUUGGAUAGUGCAGGGUUUUACGUAAAUGUUACCGCGCAUUCCGUGCCUAUGGAUGGGUUUCCUUUACGUACGGUGUUUUUGAUGAAAUUUGAUCAGCUGUGUUUAAUAAGAGAGAGCAUACAUUAAACUGCUUUCAUAUGUUUAGUUGAAUAGCUUUAUAGAUAAUCGCCAUUUCGCACGACCUUUUCUGAUAUC